AUGUCGGCGCAGACUCAAAACCCGUUGGAGGGCGUACAGGCCUUCGUGUUCGACGUCUUUGGCACCGUAGUCAACUGGCGCAAGGGUAUUUUCGACCAGCUCGAGGCCAAGCUCGGCGCCGCUAAACCCUUAGACUGGGAUGCGUUCGCGGAGGAGUGGAGAAAGGGGUAUUACAAGUCGACCUCCUCCGUCGCAUCCGGCGGCUCAGGCCCGCUCAACGUCGAUCAGCUGCACAGACAGAUCCUCGAAGACAUGCUCUCCACCGACCGCUGGGCGCACCUCGCGCCUCACCUCGACGACGCUGCGCGGCACGAGCUCGUCCUCUUCUGGCACCGCCUCCCGGGGUGGCCAGACUCGUCCGCAGGCUUGUACGGCGUGAAGAAGUUCGCGAUCAUCGGCACGCUCUCGAACGGAAGCGUGCGGACGCUGAUCGACAUGGCGAAGUAUGCCGACCUCCCGUGGGACCUUGUCCUCUCCUCCGAGCUCCUCGGCUCGUACAAGCCCAACCCGAAGACGUACCUCGGCGCCGUCCAGCACCUGUCCCUCACGCACCCGUCGCAGCUCUGCAUGGUCGCCGCGCACAUGUACGACCUCCGCGCGGCGGCAUCACACGGGCUGCGCACUGUCUUCGUACGCCGCCCACGCGAGCUCGACUGUCCACCCGACGUGCGCGCCAAGACGGACGGGGAAGGCGGCGAAGUCGACUUGGUGGUGGAUGGAUUGGAGGAGAUCGCGCGGGUGUUGGAGACGAGGGAGGAGGAAAGGCAGGUUUGGCAGCGGUGA